AUGAUUGAUGGCACUGUUGAUAAUAUUAAUAACAGCGUGAGCAUUUCUCUGGCUACAACAGAAUCCUGCCUAAAUUUGACUGCAGAAGAACGUGACCCAGCAAAAGGUAAAGAACAAGCUUAUAUAAAUUUAACAAUGCAAUUGGAUCCAUAUCAACCAGUAAAUAUUGUAUUUCCCCGUAGUUCUGGUAGAACAUUUAGGAAAGAAUGGUAUAAGUCAUAUGAAUGGUUAGAAUAUAGUCAAGAAUUAGAUGCAGCUUUUUGUUUUUAUUGCCGAGCUUUUCCUACAAUUGGUAUGGAAACAGCAUUUAUUUCAUGUGGAUUUAAGAAAUGGGGAAAAGCAACUCAACGAUUUUCUAUUCAUCAAAAAAGCAAUUCACAUAAAGAAGCGCUUUGUAAAGUUGUUGGAUAUAAACAAUCAUUAUCAAGUUAUGGAAAUAUAAUUGGGUUAAUUGACAAAAAUCAUAGUAAAGUAGUAUCUGAUAAUCGCAAUUACUUAAAAAAUAUUUUGGAAACUCUUCUUUAUUGUGCUAAGCAAGGGAUAGCUAUUAGGGGUCAUGAUGAGAAUUUCAAAUCGUUAAAUAAAGAAAUUCUGUCUGCUGGAAUAUUUAACAUUCUUAUUGAUGAAACACAAGAUUUAAGUCGACAUGAGCAAGUCUCUGUGUUUAUAAGGUAUGUACAUAAUUUAGAGCCAAAAGAAGUGUUUUUGGGAUUUUACCGUACAAACUCAACAGAUGGAGAAUCUCUUGUUGAUUUAAUUAAAGAAGUGUUGAAACUUAACGCACUAAAAAUUGAAAACAUAAGAGGACAGUGCUACGAUGGCGCUGCAUCAAUGCGUGGGGCCUAUAAAGGCGUUCAAGCCAGAAUAAGGAAAGAAAAUAGCUUAGCAGUUGAUGUACAUUGCUAUGCUCAUAUCUUGAAUUUAUGUCUUGUAGACUUAGCAAAACAAAAAGCUUGUGUUCGAAAUAUGACCCCUAAAACACUCAAAACAUUAUGCGAGACACGCUGGAGUUGCCAUUAUGAAGCCUUAAGAUCAGUGUUCCAUAAUUUAACUGCUGUAAUAGAUACAUUGGCUGAAAUAGCAGAAAGUGAUCGAGAAUUUGGAUCUGAUGCUGCUGCUUUAUUAAAAAGUAUACAGACAUUUGAAUUUAUAUUUUCUCUAAUUUUACUGGAAGAUGUAUUAUUAAAGACAAAUGUCCUAUCCAAAUAUUUGCAAUCAACAACAUUCAAUUAUGGUUUAGUAAGUCAAAUGGUUAAAGAAACUAUAAAAAGUUUUGAAGAGUUAAGGACAGAUGAAAAUUUUCAGAAAGUAUGGGAUAAGGCUGCUAUUUUUUCUCAGAAAAUAAUGGUUUUAGUAAGCCUAAUUUACCACGAAUAA